AUGAGCACGCCACUAGCAACACAAUCACUAGCCUUCCGUGUAAUGCGAUUAUGUCGGCCAUCUUUCAACGUCGACACUCCUCUCCUUCUAGACCCCGCCGAUCUCAUCGUCGGCGAAGACAUCUUCGACGAUCCAGUUGCCGCUACUCACCUCCCUCCACUCAUCAACAGCCACCUCACCAAUCCUCCCGACUUUUCUGAUCUCAGUUACCGCGCUCGAUUCCUCCUCCAAAAUCCCUCCGAUUCCUUCGGCCUCUCUGGCCUCCUCGUCCUCCCUCAGUCUUUCGGGGCGAUUUAUUUGGGAGAGACGUUUUGCAGUUACAUUAGUAUUAAUAACAGUUCUAAUUUUGAAGUUAGAGAGAUUGUAAUUAAGGCCGAAAUGCAAACGGAGAGACAAAGGAUUUUACUGGUAGAUAACUCUAAGACCCCAGUUGAAUCGAUUCGAGCUGGUGGUCGUUACGAUUUUAUUGUCGACCAUGAUGUGAAAGAACUCGGAGCGCAUACGUUGGUUUGUACUGCACUGUAUAGCGACGGUGAUGGUGAAAGGAAAUAUCUUCCACAGUUUUUCAAGUUUAUUGUUGCAAAUCCGCUUUCAGUUAGGACUAAGGUCCGUGUUGUCAAGGAAACUACAUAUUUAGAGGCAUGCAUUGAGAAUCACACAAAAACAAGCCUUUACAUGGACCAAGUUGAGUUUGAGCCAGCUCCAAAUUGGAGUGCAAAAAUUCUAAAAGCUGAUGAACACAAAUCUGAGGAUAAUUCUCCAUCCAGGGAAAUAUUCAAGCCACCUGUCCUUGUUAAAUCUGGUGGAGGAACUCGCAACUAUCUUUACCAAUUGUCAUUGUCCUUGCAUGGUUCAGCACAGAGUAAUGUUCUUGGUAAGCUUCAGAUAGCAUGGCGCACAAAUUUAGGUGAACCUGGUCGCCUACAGACACAGCAAAUACUUGGCACUCCCGUCACACCCAAGGAGCUUGAGUUGCAUGUUGUGGAGGUUCCAUCUGCCAUCAACUUGGAUAGACCAUUUUCGGUACACUUGAAUCUCACAAACCAGACGGAUAAAGAAUUGGGCCCUUUUGAAGUUUGGUUGUCACAAGAUGAUACGCUUGAUGAGAAGGCUGUUAUGAUUAACGGUCUCCAGACAAUGGAAUUAUCCCAGUUGGAAGCAUUUGGAACCUCAGAUUUUCACCUGAACCUUAUUGCUACUAAGCUUGGAGUCCAGAAAAUAACAGGCAUUACGGUAUUCGACAAAUCAGAGAAGAAAACUUAUGACCCGUUGCCUGAUUUAGAGGAUUCAGGGGAGAUUCAUCGGCCACUAAUUCUCACGAUAAAAGCCCGAUUAUGGAACCAAAUCAAGGAAAGGGAGUAUAUACAGGAAGCUGGAAACAAAGAACAAGAGGACUGA